AUGUGGAACGACGAGGACAACAACCCGUACGGGACCAGCUUCGACCGCCGCGACUCGACCACCUCGUCGUCGGCAAAUCCGACGUCGCCGACUUCCCGAGAGUAUCGUUCUUUUGACGCACCCCACACCCCGACCUCCGGGAGCGACGAUGACCAGCCGGCAUUCGGGCAUGGCGCCACGUCUGCGGAGAGUCCCCAUGAGGUUGUUGUGGAAGAGGAGCCAGCGCCUCGGCGGAAGCCGGGCGGCUACAACAGCCGCAUAGAGCAGAUACUCUACGAGAACCCCGAUAUGCCCAUCAUGAUUACCGACGCUGGAAAGAGCCUCGAGAGUGGCGGCAGAUACAUUGUCUAUACCAUCCGAACUGGGGACCUCGAAGUGCGACGUCGAUACUCCGAGUUUGCGUCUCUCCGCGACGCCCUGACCCGUCUGCACCCGACUCUCAUCAUUCCCCCAAUACCGGAGAAGCACACCAUGGCCGACUAUGCUGCCAAACCCACGAGCGCCAAGCAAGAUCAGCAGAUCAUCGACCUGCGAAAGCGCAUGCUGGCCGUCUUCCUCAACCGCUGUCGCCGGAUGGAGGCGGUAAGGAACGACGGCGUCUGGUGGAGGUUUCUGGAUCCCAACGCGAGCUGGAGCGAAGUCCUCCACUCCCAUCCCGUAUCGUCUAUCCCGAAAUCGGUGCUCAAGGCGCCCCCGUUGGACACUGCGAACCCCACGCCCGCGCACAACUACUUGCCCGUACCAGCGAGCUCCGCUAAGCUCAAGACGACGGCUGGAGACGUGAACUCGGCGCCGUCGCUCCAGCCCGGCGCCAACGUUCUCGGGCGAUUCCCACCCGAGUCAGGACAUCAGAGCGAGCAAGAGCUUGACCCGUACUUUAUUGCCUACGAAGCGUCAAUUAAGGAAUUGGAGCAGCUUCUGAUGGGCCCCAUGGAAAAGGUCAACCGCCGGACCCUUAGCCACCUGUCUUCGCUCGCGGCAGACCUGUGUGAGUUGGGGUCCAGAUACAACGCAUUUGCUCUGUCGGAGCAAGCCCCCUCCCUCGGCCCGGCCAUUGAGAAGGUCGGUCAGGCAGCCGACUUGUCUUACAUCGCCACUGAGGAGCUCUCGGGGUCCUUGGGCGCCAGCUUCGCCGAGCCGAUGAGGGAAAAUGCGCAAUUUGCCGGCGUCGUGAGAAGCGUCCUGAGGUACAGGGUGCUCAAGCGCGUUCAGCAAGACCUGACGACGGAAGAGCUGAACAAGAAGAGAGCACUCCUGGACCAGCUAGAGCGCAGCGAGGCCGAGGCCAGGCGUAUCGAGCAGUACCUCUCAAGCAGCCAGCAGAUCUCUCCGCCGCCCAAGCGCUCAGCCAGCCUCAAGGAGCCAGCGUCGCAGCACCGGCGCGAGGGAGGCCAAGAGGAUACCGAGUCCAUCGAUUCCGACUUCCCCCCGACCCACGGCGACUUCUCGCCGCCGCCGCCGUCUGCGAGCCAGGGGCUGCCGGAGCGGAGCGCGAGCGUGACGCACAGGAAGAUGCCAAGCGGAAACUCAAUUACUAACAAGAUAUUCGGGCCCAUCCGCCACGCGGUCCAAGGCGUCGUUGACGUCGACCCCGAGCGCACACGUCGGGAUGCAAUCGGCAAGACGAGGGAAUCAAUCGGGCAGCUGGAGCAGGCGCAGGUCGCGUCGGAGCGGGAUGUCAAGGAGGCGAGCGCCAGCGUCCUCAAGGACAUGAAGAGAUUCCAAAAGGACAAGGAAGACGACGUGCGGCGGUACAUGCUUGCGUACGCUAAGAGCCAGAUUGAGUGGGCUAAGAAGAGCAGGCAGCAAUGGGAAGAGGCGCGGGCGGAAGUUGACAAGAUAGAGGAAACCUAG